AUGGCGGAUUCCAAGCAAAAGCCGGAAACUUUGGAUGGAUCGGGGGAUAUUACAAAUUCCACCGGAAAUGUUGGGAGUCGAGAGUGUGACAGUGACGAAAGGAAGAAGAGAGCAGAGGAACUGAAAGAAAAGGCUAAUUCGUUUUUCAAAAAGGAAGAUUACAACCAGGCAAUAACAUACUAUUCACAAGCAAUAGAGGCCGACCCAUCGGUUGCAGCUUACUACUGCAACAGGAGUCUGGCUUAUCUCAAGACAGAAUGUUUUGGCUAUGCUCUGAAAGAUGCGGGCCAAGCUGUCAUUAUCGACCGCAGCUACAUAAAGGCUUAUUAUCGAAGAGCAUCAGCAAACAUGGCACUGGGUAAAUUCAAGUUGGCCCUGAAAGAUUUUGAAAUGGUCACCAAAGUUCGACCGAAUGACAAAGAUGCAAAGAUGAAGUUCAGCGAAUGCAAUAAAAUUGUGAAAAUGAUUGCAUUUGAGAAGGCCAUCUCUUCUGAAGACGAUGUCCCUAUGGAAAAGAAGUUGGAUAUAGAAAGCAUGGUUAUUGAAGAUGACUACACUGGCCCUGCUCUUGAGGACGAUGAAGUGACAGUCACAUUUGUAAAAGAUCUCAUGCAGACAUACAAGGACCAAAAGCGAUUACAUAGAAAAUAUGCAUACCAGAUUCUGCUACAAGUAAAGAAACUUUUUCAGAUCCAGCCAUCUUUAGUUGACAUCACAGUUUCAGGGAGCAACAAGUUCACAGUGUGUGGUGACAUCCAUGGCCAGUUCUAUGAUCUCAUGAACAUAUUCUCUCUCAACGGGGAGCCAUCUGAAGACAAUCCAUAUCUGUUUAAUGGAGACUUUGUGGACCGUGGAUCGUUUUCUGUUGAGUGUAUAAUGACUCUAUUCAGCUUGAAGCUACUGUACCCCAAUCACUUCUUCAUGGCUCGAGGGAACCAUGAAAGCGUGACAAUGAACCAGAUGUAUGGAUUUGACGGAGAAGUGAAAUCAAAAUACACAAGUCAGAUGGCUCAACUUUUCACAGAAGUCUUCAACUGGCUUCCACUUGCUCACUGUAUCAACAACAAAGUCAUGGUGAUGCAUGGAGGCCUGUUCUCGGAGGACACAGUAACCCUUGAUGACAUCCGCAAAGUUGAGCGGAACAGACAGCCUCCUGAGACAGGCAUCAUGUGUGAACUCCUGUGGUCGGACCCACAGCCACAGCCUGGGAGAUCCACCAGCAAAAGAGGCGUAGGGGUCCAGUUCGGUCCUGAUGUCACAAAGAAGUUUCUGCAGUACAACAACCUGGACUACGUCAUCCGUAGCCAUGAAGUGAAGAAUGAUGGUUAUGAGAUGGCUCAUGAUGGAAAGUGCAUCACUGUCUUCUCAGCCCCAAACUACUGUGAUACCAUGGGUAACAAAGGAGCUUUCAUAACUGUCCAAGGAAAUGAUCUCACACCUAAGUUCACUUCUUAUGAAGCUGUGCCACAUCCGAAUGUGAAACCUAUGGCCUAUGCAAGUCCACUAUUUAAUUUGUUUUAGGAACAAAAUGUAAAUAUGUAAAUGGUAUGUUUGAACAUCUGUGAAUAGGAUGUAAAUUAUGAACCAUGAGAUUGUGUAUGAUAGAACCUGAUUAUAACAUGCCAAGCAUUGUAAACACUUUGGUCAGAAUGUUUAUUUGACAUGUUUCCUGCCAUGUGAACGUGAACAUGCUGGUGUAAAAGAUGUGGCGAAAAAUGAAGGCAAUGAAUUCUAAUUUUGAAAACAGAGGACAACUUUUUAAUGUGCCAAUUGAAUGUGACCUUGGUUACAUUGCUCAUAUUUUGUCUCAAGUGAUCCAGGUAUGUGGAACGUGGAAAAUCAUUUACUCUGCACUGGCAACUUAAGUUCCAAAGGCAGCUUGUCUUGUUUAUUGUGGCAAGUUUGGUGAAAUCUGUUUCAGUUUCUAACAAAAUAUGCACCUUGGAUAUCUUUGAUAAAAACUGUAAUACUUUAAAAAGGAUUGACUUUUCGUAAACUUUAAAAGGAUAAUCACAGUGUAUUCUGUCUAAAAGGCAGAGUGUAGAUAUUUCAUGGAAAUGGACAGUUGAAAAUAUGAAAGCUCACUUGUCCGACAAUGCCAGGCAGGUGAUGUGACUUCGGCAGAUUGCAGGAGUCUGCAGGUCUUGCAGGGUAUUUCAAUGCUCCUGGCACAAAUGUCUAUACUCCUGUCAUAACUUGCUGUUCAGAUAAAUACAUCUUUUUAAAGGGACCACAUAAUGUUCUGAGAAUGUUGAGGACAAUGAGAUCUUGUACAAUGGAUGUAAAACUAUAAGGAACUUGUAGCAAUACAGUUAGUUAUGAAGCAGUGUUAUUUGAUAGCGAGGGGAUGUAAAUCAGUCUUCUCUCUUCAGUGGGGAAUAGAUAGAUGUUCAGCCUGUGUUCUACACUACACACACCAUGAAUUCAUAUUCUAAAUAUGCUGCUUUCACAUGCAGUCUGUGAAGUUUCUAGCAGAAAAUUGUGUUGAAAUGGACUGAAUGCUUGUAGCCAGUGUCUGAUCAGUUCAAUGUCACAACAGCGUGAGACUCAUCAGUAAUCCUUAAUGUAGGGAGGAGAUGAUGAGUCACGUGUCCAGCAGUAUCCUGUGUUCCAUAUCUCCACCGUGCCAUGACCUGUUCACCACUGUAGCGUCAUUGUGAAGUGACAUUAUAUCCUCCGCUCUGUUAUUACCUGACCGCCUCCGUGGUGUAGUGGUUAGAGCGUCCGCCCGGAGAGCGGAAGAUCGUGGGUUCGAUCCCCGACCGUGUCAUACUAA